GAGGGGUCCCGGAGUCGGUGGCUGCAGCUAGGUGCCUGCAUCGCGACCUGCAGGAGUCGUGCGGCCGGCCCGGCCAUGCCGACUCGGGCGGAGGACUAUGAGGUGCUGUACACCAUCGGCACGGGGUCCUACGGCCGCUGCCAGAAGAUCCGGAGGAAGAGCGACGGCAAGAUAUUAGUUUGGAAAGAACUUGACUAUGGCUCUAUGACAGAAGCUGAGAAACAAAUGCUUGUUUCUGAAGUGAAUUUGCUUCGUGAACUGAAACAUCCAAACAUUGUCCGUUACUACGAUCGAAUUAUUGACCGAACCAACACAACACUGUACAUUGUAAUGGAAUAUUGCGAAGGAGGAGACCUGGCUAGUGUAAUUAUGAAGGGAACCAAGGAAAGACAAUACUUAGAUGAAGAGUUUGUUCUUCGAGUGAUGACUCAGCUGACUCUGGCCCUAAAAGAAUGUCACAGACGAAGCGAUGGUGGUCAUACUGUGCUGCAUCGGGACCUGAAACCAGCCAAUGUUUUCCUGGAUGGCAAGCAAAACGUUAAGCUUGGAGACUUUGGGCUAGCUAGAAUAUUAAACCAUGAUACGAGUUUUGCAAAAACAUUUGUUGGCACACCUUAUUACAUGUCUCCUGAACAAAUGAAUCGCAUGUCCUACAAUGAGAAAUCGGAUAUCUGGUCACUAGGUUGUUUGCUGUAUGAACUGUGUGCAUUAAUGCCUCCAUUUACAGCUUUCAACCAGAAAGAACUAGCUGGAAAGAUCAGAGAAGGCAAAUUCAGGCGAAUUCCAUAUCGUUACUCUGAUGAAUUGAAUGACAUUAUUACGAGGAUGUUAAAUUUAAAGGAUUACCAUCGACCUUCUGUUGAAGAAAUUCUUGAGAAUCCUUUGAUAGCAGACUUGGUUGCAGAAGAGCAAAGAAGAAAUCCCGAGAGAAGAGGGCGACGAUUGGGAGACCCUGAAAAGUUGCAGGAUUCCAGCUCUGUGUUGAGUGAGCUGAAACUAAAGGAAAUACAGUUACAGGAGCGAGAGCGAGCCCUCAAGGCCAGAGAAGAAAGACUGGAGCAGAAGGAACGUGAGCUUUGUGUUCGUGAGAGACUGGCUGAGGACAAGCUUGCUAGAGCAGACAGUCUGUUGAAGAAUUACAGCCUGCUGAAGGAACACAAGUUCCUGUCGCUGGCCAGUAGACCAGAACUUUUGGAUCUUCCAUCCUCGAUAAUUAAGAAGAAAGUUCAUUUCAGUGGGGAAAGUAAAGAGAACGUCCUGAGGACUGAGAAUUCUGAGAGUCAGCUCACCUCCAAAUCCAAGUGCAGAGACCUGAAAAAAAGGCUUCAUGCUGCUCAGCUGCGUGCUCAAGCCCUAUCAGAUAUUGAAAAAAAUUACCAGCUGAAAAGCAGACAGAUUCUAGGCAUGCGCUAGCCCAGCCGAGAGACACGGGGCUGUGUACAGUAUUAAAUAUUGCCGACCCUUUAAAGAUUGAUAUUCAACUGCUGUGGCUGUAUAUACUUGGUUCUGUGAGCCAUGCAUUUUUGUAUAGUAAGCAUAUUUUGGAAUUGCUUUUGCUGUUGUUCAGCAACAAUUGUAAAAAUGUCCACAUCUUUAAUUUUUCUUUCCUUUAUUAAGAACACUUUAUAGAAAGAAUGACACUUUCUUGGUUGGUUGGGCUUUUAAUCCUGUGUGUGAUUACUACGGGAACAUGAAAUGUUACCUUCUAAAUGUUGGGGGAAAAUAAUGUCAGGAAAAAAAUAUUUACCCGGGAGUAGUACUUAGACGUUUUAAAUGACUGAGUGGUGUGCUUACAAUUGUCUUGUCUACAUUUAAAAUUUAAGUCUGAGGUUUUAAAUGUUCUUGAGCUUAGAAAAUCUAAUUGGAUACAAACUAGUUACUAAUACCAUGCCAUCUUGCUUAUAAAUAUCCCAUUGCUCUGUAGUACAAAUCUGUCACCUUUGUGAAAAUUCAUCACUGUGAUGUCUAUGUUCUUUUUUUCCUUUUUAUUCUUUUUAACAGUAUAUGAGCUAGCUGUCAUUUACCCACCUCUUUCUCACUAAAUAAAAGAGUUCUUUAGUUUCCUUAUAUUUAUGUCUC